AUGCUGCAACAGAGGUUGUAUAAUACCCUUAAUCAGUGCCUUAAUACCACUGGUUCUUGUUAUUUACGUCUCUGCAGACAAUUUGCAUCUAAACCUCCUGUUGUGGAAGUACAGGAUAUUGAUUUCGAUCAGCCUCAUACGGUUGUAUGCUCAAACGGUAUUGUCGCUUGUUGGCAUCCUGACCCGCCGUUUCCUUAUAAACACACUCGCCCUAUUGAUCUCAAACUACUGAAAAAAGAGGAAUCUACCUCUUCGGUCUUUAGAAAAGAAAUAUUAAAAGAAGAUUUACGUGAGCGGUACAAGAGAGGUCCUCGCUAUCACGAGCUGCAAGAAAUUUUUUACGAGCGGAAAAAUACAUUCUAUCCACGGUACCGUGAAAAGAAGCUGUAUGCUGUAUCUGCGCCAAUUCCGAAACGGAAAUAG